UCUGAAGGAGGCACGGGCGAUUCUAAAUGAGCCAAAUACCCGAGACAGGACCAAUCGUCAAUAUUUUGGUUUCAAACAAUCUAUUUCAUCCUUGACAACCCAGAAAGGGGGCUCAAAGUGCAAAAUACCGGAUUAUUUUUCAUUUAUUCCUUUAUCACGCAAGUAAUGCAAUGUAUGUUUUACUGCAGGCCGAUAUAUAUAUUUUAGUUGUUCGUGCAUAAUAAUAAUAAUAAUAAUAACAGGGUCAAUACAUCUGAAACGCAUUUCUUUAAAUUGUCAGCGGAACUGUUGCUCGUUAAACAUUGUUUCCGAGGGGACCUCAACACGAGUUACACCAGCAGCUCAGCGUGUAUUUAGCAGCGAGCUCAGCCUCGCUUGGGAGACUUACAAACUAUUUUCUUUACUUAUUGUUGUUAUAAACUACUUGUACAACAGUUUAUACAGGUACAUAACCGUAAUAGCGACCGCACGUUGUGCUUUUUAUAUAGCGAUAUACAUAUAGGCAUGUAUGUAUAUAUAUUAUUUAUAUGCAUGUUAAAUUAAACUAGACAACAAGUGUGUUGUCCAUAACGACCCCCAGCGAGACGGGGGGCUUCUGUCCGGGGAGCAGUCGUCCUAUGGUCCACGAUACCGAAAUCAUUAACAGAGUUUAGUCAGAGUGUGUUGAGUCCAGCCGCCAUGGAGGGAGUGGAGGAGAAGCUCAAGUCUCUGUCCAUCGCGCGGCGGCUCCAGCCGCAAGACCCCGCCUACCUGCUCGACGUGUCGCUUCAGCCCGGCGCCGCGGGCACCUCCUCGGGCGACGUGCUGGCGGUGUCCUGCUCCAACCACCGGCUCCACCUGCACAACAAGGAGACGCUGCGUCCCCUGGGGGAGUUCCGCGGCCACACCGCGCCCAUCUGCGGGGUCACCUUCGCGCACGCCUCCCCGGACCUGCUGUUCUCGGGCUCGGCCGACGGCACGGUGCGGGCGUGGGACGCCCGGAGGCCCGGCUCCAAGGCGGUCCAGGAGUUCCGGGGCGACCCGGCGCACCGCUUCAGCGGCGUGGGCGUCAACGCGGCGGACGUGGUGGUGUGCGCCGGCACGGAGCAGCUGGACGAGGAGAGCUUCCUGGUGUUCUGGGACGCGCGCGCCGCCGGCAAAGCACUGCUGGGCGUGUACUCGGAGUCGCACAGCGACGACGUCACGCAGGUGAGCUUCCACCCGCGGGACAAGGACCGGCUGGCCACGGGCGCCACGGACGGGCUGGUGAACGUGUUCGACCUGCGGCGCGGCGGCGAGGAGGACGCGCUGCUCGCCACGUGCAACAGCGGGUCGUCGGCCGGGGCGGUGCGCUGGGCGGGGCCCGGGCUGGACCGGCUGCUCUGCCUCACCGACAGCGACGGGCUCCACCUGUGGGACCUGGGCCGCCUGGACACGGAGGAGCCCCUCACGCUCUACAGCACCCCCGACGCCCGCACGCUCACCCCGCUGGAGGGCGGGGGCUCCGUGGACUACCUGGUGGGGGGCCAGUGGCUGGAGGGGGCCCAGAGGCUGCUGGUGGUGGGGGGGACCAGUGAGGGGGCCCUCCACCUCAUGGAGUGCACCGAGCGGGGCCUGGAGCUGCUGAGCUCGCCGCCGCAGGGGGCGGGGCACACGGCGGUGGUGCGCUGCUUCCUGUGGGACGAGGCGGGGGAGGGGGCUCUGGUCACCGCCGGGGAGGACGCACAGCUGUUGCUAUGGAAACCGGGAGGGGAGGAGCUGGCGCCCGGGAGGCAGGCGACCAUGAAGAGCACCUCGUCGUGGAAGCUGCAGGCGCGGCCGCAUAAACAGAGCGGGUACGAGUGGAAGAGAGGAGGAGGAGGAGGAGGGAGAGGUGGAGGAGGAGGAGGAGGAGGAGGAGGAGGGAGAGGUGGAGGAGGGAGGGGAAGAGGAGGGAGAGGUGGAGGAGGAGGUGCUUUGAAGAACCAAUGACCUCUAUGAGGAGUUAAUCGGUGUUAUGGACUGGACUACCGUGUUCUGGACUGGACUGUGAUGUUCUGGACUGGACUGUGAUGUCUGGACUGGACUACCGUGUUCUGGACUGGACUGGACUGUGAUGUCUGGACUGGACUGUGAUGUCUGGACUGGACUGCGUUGUUUAAUUCUGGACUGGACUUUUAUGCUCUGGACUGGACUGUGAUGUUCUGGACUGGACUGGGAUGUCUGGACUGGACUGCGUUGUUUAAUUCUGGACUGGACUUUUAUGCUCUGGACUGGACUGUGAUGUUCUGGACUGGACUGGGUUGUUGGUUCUGGAUUGGACUGUGGGAAUAAAAAUAAACAUUUGAAAAUCAGAAAUGGAUUUCUGAGAUUUUAUGAAUAGCACAAGAACUUAUUAAUAAAUCAUCAACGAGUAAUCUUCCAGCCCUACAGUAGCCCUGGUUAAGGAUGUGAUUCUACGCAAAUUGGAGUUAAUGGAAUUGUAUUCAGAGAAAACAUGAAUCAUCUGAAAUAAUACAUGAAAAUAACAUAAUAAAGAUGAAAAAAAUGCCUUCAUUUAUUUUACACAAAA